CUGUCAGUGCUCAUCAAUGCCACCUGCCAGUGCCCAUCAGUGCCACAUCAAUGCCUCAUAUCAGUGUCUACCAGUGCACCUAUCAGUGCCCAUCACUGCAGCCUCAUUAGCGCACAUCAGUGAAAGAGAAAAAUCACUUAUUUACAAAAUUUUAUAACAAAACCUAAGAAAAAAAAAUUAUUUUUUUUUUCAAAAUUUUCAGUUGUUUUUGGUUUGUUUAGCAAAAAUAAAAAACCCAGAGGUAAUUAA